AUUUUGUUCUAUGGGAAAUGACGCUCGCUACAUUCUCUUCCGGUCCAUCCUCUUCUGCCAGCUCGCUCGAUGAACCUCAGAUUCGAUAUCGCAAGAAUGGACAACAUCAAUAUCAAGAUGAAGACUCUUACGAUAUCCCCAGCAGCUCUAGGAAACCUAUCACUGCAAGUGAAGAACCUCGCACCUGGAGGAAAAGACCACAACACUAUCGUCGUGCUUCACAACCUGUCAAUAGCCAACUCCUACACUCACGAAGAUCAAAGAAGCUAGUGUUGAACGAGGAUAGUGGCAGUGCAUUAGACGACAUUCAUAGCAGCUCAGAUGGCGAAGAGGACUGGGAGCUCCGUCAAACGCAAGAUCGACUUGACUAUUUGGACUUAUCGAUCUCGCUUCCGUUUGCUCUUGUGUCUUUGCGAGAUCAUCUAUUGGCUUACACCUCCCAGCUAGAGGAACGAGUUCGUUCUUAUUAUCCCUUCCAUGCAGGACUAGAAUCACCUUCUUCAAAAGCUGAUUCAAGCCUUCCUGCAGUCUUUUAUGCUCAUCUGGAUGCAUUAAAAGAGGAAUUGAGGGCUCUGGUAUCAGCUUUACCAUCGCCGUCAAAUGCAAUCUCAGCAAGAAAAGAUUCCUUGAUUCAUGAUUGGGAAAGGAUCUCCAGUACCCUGCAUACAAAAUUGGCAAUGAGGCCAGAGUUCCCAUUAGCAUUGCCAAAAGGUGCGCAAGAGCAUGCAAGAGCAUUGGCAAACGAAUUACCUUCACUUCCUAUUUUAUCACCGUUUGCUGAUCUCAAUUUCGCCGCUUUUUGGUCACCUCUAACGAACGGAUUACCAAAAGCGCAAGGAAGCAUUUUGAUUACAAUUCAAAAGCGUUUCGAGACCUUGCAGGAUGCUGUCCGUGCCAUGACGUUGGGUGACCUUCUAUUCCGUGCAAAGUCGGAGAAGGGUGUGAUUCCUGUUCAGGACGGACAACAACCAAUCACCAGAACACGCAGGCAAAGUUUGAUUGCCUCUCAACAAGCUUUAACAGCACAACUUGAAGUCAUCUUUGAUUCCGUAAGAGCAAAAGGAGAAGAAGUAAGGUCGAUGGGUCACGCUCGCGCCUCAUCGAUUGCCAAGGCGGCAAGAGGAGCAGAAGAACACAUUUACGCCAAAGCUGUCGAACUGGCAAAGAACGGUCAACGACUUAUCAGAUACGACCAACUUCCUGAGUUGUGGAAGAACAACGAACACAUCUUAUCGGGCUACAGAUUUAUUCCGAAGGACGAAUGGAGCUCGUUGCUCAAGAGCACGUUCCAAAUUCAUAAUGAGACUGGAAAUAUUAUGACACAUCUGAUAGGCGCACUGGUUGUCACUCCACUCUUUUGGCCAAGCAAGGAUCGAUAUGACGAUCAAACCACUCCUAUGGAUCGUAUGGUACAGACAAUCUAUCUGAUCGCUGCUCUGAAGUGCCUCAUUCUUUCAGUCUCGUGGCAUGUUAUGGCAGGUUGUUCAGAUGCUUGUUUGUUCGAACGUUUUGCCUGUGUUGAUUAUACGGGUAUCGCAUGGUUGGUUGCAGCAUCUGUCUGGACGUUAGUAUACAAUGCAUUUUAUUGUCAACCAAAUUUGGCAAUGGUGUACUCCUUGUCUACUUUUGUUGUCGGUCUUGUGGGUGCAAUUGUUCCAUGGCAAGCUUGGUUCAACGAUAGACGCAACAAACCCAUCCGAAUUGCAGUGUUUUUGGCAAUGUGCUUUACCGGACUGGCGCCGUUCACUCAUGCUCUCUUAUCUCAUGGAGUAUACAAGACUGUUGGAUUCUUUGGUGCGAUCGUACCAAGCUGUCUUGCUUAUAUCUUUGGUUUGGUAUUCUAUGCAACCCAAUUCCCAGAAUGCAUCUAUCCCGGUAAAUUUGACGUUGUUGGUCAUGCACAUCAAAUUUGGCAUAUUUCAAUCGUUGUUGCAAUCCUUUUGCAUCAUCAAGCAACAUUCUUUUGGCAUCAAAACCGUUUCAACUUCAGUUGUUCUGCUGUUAUGCCGGAAACUACACCUUUGCUCAGUAAUCCAUUGGCAAUCGAUUUGAACUUGGCCGAUGAAAUGGUACAUGGAUGGAGAAUUGUUGCUGGUCAAAUUGGUGACGGUCUCGUUGGCCGAAUUUGGGAUCGUGGUGUUGAGGCAAUCAUGUCAACCUUUUAAAUAAUCUUUCAUUUAUUGACUUUUGAUCAUUGCUCAUCCUACUUAUAUAGAGAUUUGCACUCUUUUUUUUUGCACACAUUUGUACAAUAUACAUUUCAUAUAAAGCUUUCCAAUGAACAUAGAUAAUACAAUUACAUCUAUUGUG